AUGGAUGUCUUAACCGCGUACGGCUCCUCGGCAUCGGAUGAAGAUGGAGAGAUUGUGGAUGUUGCCCAACGACAGCCAAAAAUAGCUCUUCCUUCCGUUGAUCUUACUCCUGUUGUUUUUGCUCCAACACCAAAAUCUGCAACUAUUGCCAUUUAUAAUGAGAAGAGCCGCGAAUUGUCCUGCAACCCAAAGUACGAGGAGUUAUUUCAGCCUGAGGUCAGUGCUAGUUUAUUUUUGUUUAUUUUUUAGGAAAGUAGUUAACAGUUUCUUUAGGCAGGGCCAAGUAACCCCUUCGAAAGUCAAGCUCAGUUGGCGAAAAAGAACAUGUUAACGGGGUUUGUGGAGAAGGCUCACGUCGAUCAAUUCCAUUUCGAUCGGGCAAUCAGGUCUUUUGAUACCUUGGGAUAUGCACAAGAUCCUUCUGCUGAUGCCGGAAUCAAAUUUACAGGGGAUGUGAACAAAGCUAAGGAAGAGGGAGGAGUAAGUUUGUUCGAAUCGAAGAAAACCGGAGGACAAAAGAGGAAAAGAAUAACGAAUUACGACGCUUCUGACCUUGACGGAUAUACCGGGCCAUGGGCCAUAUAUAAGGAUGAAGAAACAAUUGCUAAGCCGAAUCCAGAGUUGCAAAAAGAGAUGGACGAGAUUGUGCGUAAAAGAAAACUGAGAUCUAAAGCCGGAAGAAAGGCAGCUCAAGAUCAGGAACAAAUGGUUGAGGAGAUGACUACAUUACAUGGUGAGUGGUAAACGUGUUAUUUACUUCUGGUUUUAGUCAAAGACGAUGAGGAGUUUAAGAACAGAUCAUUCAUGGAAGUUCCCAAGUUCACGGGCGCUAAUCUUCGGCCUGACUUUGUACCUUCUAAAUGCUACCCACCAACCAAACAAGCACACACGUACAAAAGUCAUACUAAGGCGGUCAAUGCGCUACGAUGGUUCCCCAAGAGUGGGCAUAUGUUUUUGUCUGCAGCUAUGGACUCCAAAGUAAUUUUUAACUCGAUUUCCUCGCGAUCAUUGGUUAAAUAUUAUAUAAAAAUAAUUUAGGUCAAACUUUGGGAGGUCUACGGCAAUCGGAAGUUGAUACGAACAUACGCUGGUCACAAGUUGCCAGUCAAAGAUAUUUGCUUCAACAAUGACGGAACCGAGUUUGUUUCUGCUUCUUUUGACAAUUAUAUGAAACUUUGGGACACCGAAACAGGCCAAGUCAAACAAAGAUUCCACACUGGACACAGACCCUUUUGUGUUAAAUUUAAUCCCGAUGAUGACAAACAACAUAACUUCUUGUCGGGAAUGCAGAAUAAGAAGAUCCUUCAAUGGGAUACCCGGACAGGGGAGAUCGAGCAGGAAUACGAUAGACAUCUGGGACCAGUCAACUCUAUCACUUUCUUUGACCAAAAUCGGCGAUUCUGUACGACUUCUGAUGACAAAUCUAUAAGAAUUUGGGAAUGGUGCGUAUUUCUAUAAUUUUAAAUAUGAUUCUUUAGGGGAAUUCCUGUUGACACAAAACUUAUCCAGAAUUCUGGACUUCACUCCAUUCCAGUGAUGACUAAAGCUCCUUCAGGUAAGCUGAAUAGUUUUUUUCAAUAAUAUUUGUUUAGACAAGUGGAUCGUUGGACAAUGUAUGGAUAAUCGAGUCGUUUUAUUUCAAUUAACUGACGACAAGUUACGAUUUGCCAGGAAAAAGGCCUUCAAAGGACACAACGUCGCCGGGUAUGCUUGCUCUCCGGACUUCUCUCCAGACAUGAGGUAGGGUUGGUGUUGUGCAAUUUUACAAAUUCCUUUUAAUUUAGCUUUCUUGCAUCUGGGGAUUCCCAAGGGAAAGUUUUCAUUUGGGAUUGGAGAACACACAAGAUUGUUUCCCGAUGGACGGCUCACGAGAAUGUUUGCAUUUCAGUCCUCUGGCAUCCUCACGAACCAUCAAGAAUGCUGUCUGCAGGCUGGGAUGGCCUCAUCAAAAUGUGGUGUUAA